AUGGUUGCUUUAAUUUCUAAGAAGAGAAAGUUAGUCGCUGACGGUGUUUUCUACGCUGAAUUAAACGAAUUCUUCACUAGAGAAUUAGCUGAAGAAGGUUACUCCGGUGUUGAAGUUAGAGUUACUCCAACCAAGACUGAAGUCAUUAUUAGAGCUACUAGAACUCAAGAUGUCUUAGGUGAAAACGGUAGAAGAAUUAACGAAUUAACUCUUUUAGUUCAAAAGAGAUUUAAGUAUGCUCCAGGUGCUAUUGUCUUAUACGCUGAAAGAGUCCAAGACCGUGGUUUAUCUGCUGUUGCUCAAGCUGAAUCCAUGAAAUUCAAGUUAUUAAACGGUUUAGCUAUCAGAAGAGCUGCUUACGGUGUUGUUAGAUACGUUAUGGAAUCUGGUGCUAAGGGUUGUGAAGUCGUCGUUUCUGGUAAGCUAAGAGCUGCUAGAGCUAAGGCUAUGAAAUUCUCAGAUGGUUUCUUAAUCCACUCUGGUCAACCAGUCAAUGAUUUCAUUGACGUUGCUACUAGACACGUUUUAAUGAGACAAGGUGUUCUAGGUAUUAAGGUCAAGAUUAUGAGGGACCCAGCUACCAACAAGGCUGGUCCAAAGGCCUUACCAGAUGCCGUCACCAUUGUUGAACCAAAGGAUGAAGAGCCAAUUUUGGUUGCUUCUGUUAAUGACUACAGACCAGCCGAAACUGCUGAAGAACCAGCUGUUGCUGAAGCCACUGCUUAA